AUGCCUCUUGUCUUUGGCGGCCUGCCCCCAACAUUGCCGGUCUCAAGUUCAACGCAGCCUAAAGGGUAUUCUUGGGAAUUUGUGCCGACGCCACAUGAAGCCGAGCGCAAGAUGCGUCUCUCGUCGCAACACUUGAUCCUGGCUUCAGAUUACUUCAAGAGUGCCUUGACAAAGGGGUUUGCCGAGAGCGUGCCUGAGUCUGGUGAAUUUGCUCACGUCGUGCGUGCUGAGAACAUGAACCUUGAAGCCUUACGACUGGUCAUGUCCAUCGUUCACGGACAAACACACCAGGUCCCUCGGAAAAUAAGUCUCGACCUUCUGGCAAAGGUGGCUGUCGUUGUAGAUUAUUACAAGUUCCACAAAGCCGUCGACUUCUUUUUUCAGGUCUGGGCUGAGCAGAUUGAGACGCCGGCCGAGUGGCAGUACGGCACCGGCUUUUUGCUCCGGCUGCUCGUGUCUUGCAUUUUCCAAGAGAAAGAAAUGUUCCAGAAGCUGACCAAGGUCUAUCUGUUGCAUUCUCGGGGCCCGAUACAUCACCUCGACCUGCCGCCCUUAGCACUCAUUCGAGACCCUCUUGAAAAGGCCAGACAGGACCUCGUGGCAAAGACCAUUGGACAGGUUCAUGCGCUUCUACAGAGCUUCUAUAAGCAUGAUCCGCCUUGCUCCUAUAACUGCGCUGCGUUUCAGUUUGGCCUUCUUGCCAAAGGCCUGCACACACUCGGACUCUAUGAUCCUCAACCGCAGGCGCCAUUCCAUGGAUUCAGUUUCGAUGCAUUUCAAGCAGCCGUGGAGAAGAUUCACGCCCCCAGGUAUACGGGUGAGCCAGGACCAGGACCAGGAUCCGCAUUAUUCGACGGCGGUAGACACAGGCAGGAAUGCAACCUGACAAACAAAAUCAAGCCCAUCUUCCAGCGCCUUCGUGAUGGCAUCCAGGGCCUCAAUUGGGAUGCUCACUUUCGAGAAACGGUAAAGAGGCAAGCAAAGAAGGAAGAACAUGUCUCCGCCCCUAUCCGCGCCAGUUCCAGGACCGGAUAUCCUACUCAUACUUCUCUCUUCCGUUGA